GAAAGUACAGUAAAUCUAGGCACAUUUUGGUGUAGAGAAUCGCUGUUGAAACACUAAUCAAUUUAGUGUAGUUAAGAAUGAGUCCUCCGCAGAAGAAGAUCGGUAAAUCACCGAAGACGUCAUCCAAGCCAGCAAAUAAGAAAAAACGCAGGAGGAAGGAGAGUUACGCCAUAUACAUAUACAAGGUAUUGAAGCAGGUGCAUCCAGACACUGGUGUCUCUAGUAAAGCUAUGAGCAUCAUGAACAGCUUCGUCAAUGAUAUCUUCGAGCGUAUAGCUGCUGAAGCAUCAAGAUUGGCCCAAUAUAACAAACGGUCAACCAUCAGCAGCAGGGAGAUUCAGACUGCUGUUCGUCUUUUGCUACCUGGAGAAUUGGCUAAGCACGCCGUCAGUGAGGGCACAAAAGCUGUCACUAAAUAUACAAGCACCAAAUGAUGUUGCAUUAAUACUACUUUUCUUUGUCAUUUUUAUGUACUUUUUUAUGUUCUUUUAAUUUAAUUCGUUUUUGAAUUUGUACUUUUUCUUUGCU